CGCUGCGCGAUGACGUCUAUGGUACGCGACGGAAGUAAGUUCUGUGGGGCAGAGUAGAGCCAAUCAUGUCAGACUAUAACAUAAGAGGCUACAAGGAUUCGGAUUAUGAGACCGCACGUGAGCUGUUUUCAGCUGGGAUGAACGAAUACGUCCCACCCGUUUGUAUCCAUGUUCUGAAACAGCCCUGGGUCCUGUUUGUGCUUACAUGCAUGUUCCUGUGUUUGCUUGUGAGCUCCAAGUCUCUCAUCUUGCCUGUUCUGGCUGUCACGCUUGCACUCGCCCUGGGGCGCCAGUUGUUGGGCUACUGCUGGUCAAUGUACAUCGAUCACUGCCUGAAGGAGGACCUCAGGGAUAUCUCCAAGACUUACAUGCAGAGCGAGGGCUCCUACUUCUGGGUGGCGGAAGCAGAUGAAAUCGUUGUGGGAACAGUAGCGGCCAAACCUUCAGACGAGAAGCGAGAGGAGCUGGUUCUAAAGCGCAUGUCGGUCAGGAAGGAUUUCAGGGGGCUUGGGAUCGGCAAGGCGUUAUCACGAGAGGUCCUUAGUUUCGCACGGCAGAACGGGUACAGGUCGGUCAUUCUCAACACCCUGAUGGUUCAGCACGAAGCACAGCGAAUGUACAAGAGUGUGGGAUUCAAGAAGUACAUCGAGUUUGUCCUCCCCACAGUCUAUGGGAAGCUGAUAAACUUCACAAUCUCUAAGUACCGCUAUGAUAUCCUGCCUGGGAGCUAAAGUUGCACCAUAGCCUUGCCUUUAGCACAAGACUUUACAUCAGAAUCUCGAUGGACCCCAGGCAGGUCAUGUGUAACAUUCCCUCAAUAUGGAAUAAGCUGUAUGAUUUCUUUUUGUAAGAAACAAAACAUUAUUGAAACACCAAUGAACUGUUACUGCCUUGGUUGUAUGUUUUGUUUAGAAAAUUCUUAUCUAGCAACCAACCCAGGUCCUGAAUUGUCCCAUGAUCUAUUGUAACCUGUAUUAUUGAUCCUCAUGGGACCUCCAGGAGCCAGAUGCAAGCUCAGCCACUGGUAGAUGUAUAUAUUUAGAUUCCAUGCCAUAAAGCAACUGAUUUGGUGUACCUUAUGCUGUAUGGCUUCUCUCUACCUUAUAGUUAUACAGGGGGAAGCUUGAUCAAGCCUGUAUGUUCAACACAGCUGUGAUAUACUUUAUAUCAGGGUAAGUAAGGCCCACACACAGCCGUGUAGUAUAUAUAUGCUUAAUGUUACGAUAUUACACAAUAAAUUCCAAUACUCACAUGGUUUACUAGCAGGUUUAUUAGGGGAACUAUUGUGAAAAUGAAUAUAAGCCUUCUCCUACUGAAAUACAAUCAAUUAAAUAUUCUGCAUUGUUUCUGAAAUAAUCAAGUUUAUGUUCACUAUUCCUCUCUCAGCAUCUGUUUCUCUUCAUUCUCUCUUCAUGCAGCAGUUGGGUGUCAAAUCCAAUAUAUCUUAUAGGGGGGCUCCUUUUGCCUAGAAGAUGUAUUAGAGGUCACUCUAUUAAACUCACCAGACAUCAUGUCUCUCUACAUGCAGAAUUCUUGCAAAAGGCAGGUAUUUUGUUACAUUUUGUUUGCACUGGAAUCAGACUUCUGGACCUUGUUCUACCAAUACAACAUCCCAGCAGCCAGAUGAUGGCUUAUUUCUACACUCCCUUUCAAUAAAGCUCAGAAUUUUAUUAUUA